AUGGGCGCUGGCGUAAGUACUCCGUCUGUACCUACAGAGCCACCGGCAGCGACAUGUCCUGUGGACCACAAGACUCGUGAAGUUUGGUUGCAACAACAUGCCAAUUCACCUCAUCCUACAUCACCCGGUUCUACCCCAGAGGCGGGCCAGCCACCAGCCAAGUUGCAACGGCCACUAUCAACAGACCGAGAAGUCAGCGGUAUACCACGCGCUGUUGAUGCAACCACAGGAAAGGCCUGUCCCGAAAGCAAUAAACAAGUUCCAUCCGCAUACGCAUCCCCAAACGCCGCGUCGCAUGGAUGUCCGUCCAAUGCCGAGACCGAAACUGGCCGCGAUGAAGCAACGGGCAACUGGAUCUAUCCAUCUGAAAAACAGUUCUUUGAAGCCUUGUUGCGCAAGGGUAACACCCCAGGUUCUACCGCAACGGCUUCCGAACUAGCAACCUCCGUUGCGUCGAUUAUCCCCAUUCACAAUGCGGUCAAUGAGCGCGCAUGGAAGCAGAUUCAGGAUUGGGAAUCAAAGGGUCCUUCGUCGGACCCGGGAAGUAAGAAAUGCGGUGGACCAAAACUAUACUCGUUCCGUGGACUUGGGGUUGAUCCCGAGUUCUUGAGCCCCCGUGCGCGGAUCAACGGAUGGCUUGGUUACCAGCGGCCGUUUGAUCGACAUGACUGGGUUGUGGAGCGUUGUGAUGGAGAACGGAUCGAAUAUGUUAUUGAUUUCUACCAAGGGAAACCUUCAAGCAAUGGUCAGGGUUUAACAGGAAACGCUGGCCCAGAAAAGCUCAGCUUCUUUUUGGAUGUGCGGCCCAAACUCAACUCCUUCGAGGGGUUGAGGUUGAGAUUCAGUCGCUUCGUUGGCCUGUAA